AUGGCUACUACCAUCAUCCAACGUACUCCUGUUGAUAUGCCUGUUCCUAAAUCUAGUGCUGCUCCGAAAUUCACUGGAUCCUAUGUCAACGUCAAGAACUUCUUGGAUCACUGCGACCGCAUUUUUGAUCACCAUCAUGCCAAGCAAUGGGAACAACUCAAGACCGAUAUGCUCAAGAUCUUUGACCAUGCUAGGACGACGCAGAAGUUCACGUUGAGUACUCUUUGUGCUUAUGCUUUCCAACACUCCAAUCUUUCUAUAUGCUCUCUUGACGACUUCCGCGAGUAUCAGAAGCAAUACAUUUGCAUUGCUGGUUGGCUUCUCAACAACAACAAGAUAUCCAAGAUGGAAUACAAUCAAUACUUCUGGCUAGGAAUCAAUGAAUCCCUCCGACCUGUGCUUGAAAGCAAGAUCAUGAAUUCAUAUCCAGAGCGUUUAUCAGUCUUCGACAAGAUCAAGAAGUACUUACAGGAGAUGUUUCCUAACAUCAAGACGUGCAAUGCCCGUGAACGUCCAUACAAUCCCCUGGAAGAGACCAAGCGCAUCUUACAGGAUUUAGACAAGGAAGAAAAGCAAGCGCACAAGGACAACGAAGUGGAGAACUUGAUCAAGCAGAUGUCAAAGCUCACCAUCCAUGAUUCUUUGUACGCCAUUUACUAUCUUUGCGCCAUCAAGUUGGAACCCGCUCUUGCUAACAUGCUCAUUGCUCCGGCCAUUAUGAAUCCAAGUGCACAGCCAGCUCAGCCAGUCCCAAGCGCAAGUCAGUCAGCACCUCCAGCACCACAAGCACCACGUCAGUCCGCAUCCGAGAUCAUCUGCUAUGGUUGCCACCAACAAGGCCAUGGAAUCAACAACUGCCCAACACUUAUUGAUCUUACGAACUGCAAGCUCAUCUCCAGAGACAGUAGCAAUUGA